AUGCCCCACAAAUUUGAAGAUAAAGUUAUCUCGCUUUUUAACUACAGCUCUAGCUCAUCGGAUGUGAAUACUCAGUCAAUUGCAAACUUUAUAAAUAAGGAAAUCACAAAGUCGAGCGGGUCUCAAAAAAACUUUGAUAUAGUGACUUUCUAUUACUGUAGAGAUGCUGUGACUAUUCUGUCCGAUUUAGUUAAGUUAGAAACAAUCUUUCGAAGUAGCCGAGACGUCAAAGUGUUAAAUGAUGCCAUAGAUGAAAAAUUCCUGAGCGGAGACGAGUUUGGCACGGACGAGAUCCGCAAUAUCAAAACUUUGGCCUUCUCUGUUGCAAGUGUACAGGACCUGAUAAGCAACCCAAAUUAUAAACAGUGCAAGUACAAAAAUGUUGCGUUGAAGUGCAUUAUCAAAUGUAACAAAUUGCUAUUAGGGUUGCACACUUUCAAGAAUAAAUUGGACCAACUGAGGAGUGUAAUACAACGAAAUAUGCGUGGAGAACUACUGAUAACUGAUUCUAUGACUCUGCUGCUUCAGUUAUGGUUUCAUUUAUUGAAAACCAUAAGAAUACUAAACGUACAUGUCGUGUGCACCUUUAUUAAGGCCAAGUGCCUGUUAAUCAAUUUUGAGCUUACUUUAUUGCUGGAUUACGUUACGUACCAUUUUGGUUCAGAUGCCAAUGUCAAUGGGGAAUGUUUUGGAAAGGUGCAAGUGAACUUACAAAAGACUAUUAAAUCGUUCAAUUCCUUCAUAAGCAACCUCAUUAGCAGUUUAGAGACUGCCGAAGGGGAGGGAGACGACAAAUUGUUUGGAGAAUCUCUUGACGCCUUCCUUGACAUUGAAGUCAUGUAUAAUCAGUUGAACUUUGACUGGUUGAUUUCGACGGAGCAAUCUUCCAAAACGAAGGACCUCGCUCGGUCCGACAGUCCAAACAAACAGCUAAAUCUACCUGAGCAAAUCAACGAGCUCAGCCUUGACGACGAGGUUAGCGAAAUACACAAAAUAUGCGAAAAUAUCGACGAGAUCACAGAUCUAUUACCAGGAAGUGAAACUUACAAAAAUGCCUCCUCAAACGUCUCCCAAGAGAGAGGAGCAUCGAUCACCAAACAGUUGCCCUCAUUGUUGCAUGCGUUCAAUAACUUGAAGGAACUAGAGAAUGACGUAAGACCCACAAGAGUGUCCACUCACCAAUCCCCAUCGGCAUAUGAGACUGAACACAAGGCCAGGACACAGUCCAUGUCAUCCUCCGUCUCUGCGUCUUCCACGUUAUUCUCACGCGAUACCACUAGUGAGAGAGACCACAGUGAAUACAUGUUUUCAAGCUUCAUGCCAUCUAUGCUCAUCUCAAGCAGCUCGCCAGGAGCAUCUGCACAUUCCACAUCUCCUGAAAACUCCAUGACAAACUCUCUAAUGUCCUCACAGAUACUAAAGAACGACUUCAAAAAGCUCUUGGAGAUGCAACAGCUACAGCAGCAAGAGCUGUUCAACAAGACAAUACCGACAAAAGAAUCUUUCGCCUUUGGAAGCAAAAUCCCGUUGCCCACAGCGCACGGGUUCCACAAUACCUUACUGAACAAUAUCUACGGCAUCAGCGACUGCAACAGACGGAGAUAG